AUGUGUGACCGAAAGGCCAUGAUAAAAAAUGCUGACAUGUCUGAGGAGAUGCAACAGGACUCGGUGGAGUGCGCUACGCAGGCACUGGAGAAAUACAACAUCGAGAAGGACAUCGAGGCCCACAUCAAGGAGGAGUUUGACAAGAAGUACAACCCCACCUGGCACUGCAUCGUGGGGAGAAACUUCAGUAGUUAUGUGACACAUGAAACUAAGCACUUCAUCUACUUCUACCUGGGCCAAGUGGCCAUUUUUCUGUUCAAAUCUGGUUAA